AUGGAGCAGUUCAGCGUUGCCAUGACGAACCGCGCCGUGCGGAACAUCAAGACGGAACUCGAGUUCCUCUGCGAAGCCGGCCACCUCACUCCCGCCCAGUUCAACACCAUCGUGUCGCAACUGCCCGACGCCGCCCCCAGCCGCGCCGCGUCCGUCGCACCCGUUGCCUCGCCUCAGCCCAUCGCCGCCGUCGCCCCGACGCCCUCUCUGCCCAUCCGCAACAGCACUCCCGCGAGCGCCGCCCCUGUCCAGCCGCCGCCCGCCCACAACGAGAAGGUCGGCUACUACGCCAACAACCCCACCCCGCCGCCGCCCGCAUACGCCGCCGCUCCGCCCGCGCCCGCCGCUCUCUGCACCGCCACGGCCCUGUACGCCUACAGCCCCACUGAUGCCGGCGACCUGGCUCUCCAGGCCAAUGACCGCGUCCACGUCACCGAGUACAUGAACGCCGAAUGGUGGAAGGGCCGCAGCGAGCGCACCGGCGAGGAGGGCAUCUUCCCUCGCUCGUACGUGCGCGUCGAGGACUCCAAGAUGCCCGCCGGCGGCCCCACGCCUGCCCAGCAGAGCAUGGGCUACGGCAACAUGCCCAUGGCCGUGUCCCAGGGCGGCGACCAGGGCCAGCAGAGCGGCCAGCCGAGCAAGGGCCAAGAGAUGGGCAAGAAGAUUGGCAAGAAGCUGGGCAAUGCCGCCGUCUUUGGUGCCGGUGCUACCUUCGGUUCCAACAUCGUCAACAGCAUCAUGUGA